AUGACUGCCCUGAAGGAUUCGACAAGGUAUAUUGGUAAUUCUUUAAAUGUUUUAUCUAAAUUAGUUGAAGCUGAUACUGAAAUUUCUACUAUUGAUUUGAAUAUAAUUGAAAAUUUAAAUACAAACCAAUCUUUAAAUUACAUAAAGUUAGAACAGAAACUCAAUAAUUUGGAAGAUAAUGCUAAUAGUUUGGAAGGUUUAAAUAAUGAAUUUAAAUCGUUUAAUACAACAUUGCUAGAAAUUGAAAAUCAAAUAAACAAGAUUGAAAUUAUAACAAAGGAACUAGAUGGUUUGUCAAUAGAGUUAUCGUCAAAGGUUAAAAAGCUUUGA